AUGGCCGUCUGCUCCACCCGCCUUUCCGCGCGCCUUGGAACCGCGCGCGGAACGGCCACGCGGACGGUCGACAAGUGCGCCGUGGCUGGGGGUCUCCUCAGGGCCAUCUCUGCUGGUGCUCGAUCUCCCAAAGUGAAAGUGACCCAGAAUCGAGAAGCGAAUCUGCAGAUCAGUGCUUUCGCGCGAGGGAAGCAAUGGCAAUCCGCCCUGCUCCUCUUCCAGAAGAUGAAGACGGGCGAGGCCGAUGCCGGCCUCGGCAAAGCCUGCCUUGCCGCAGCCGGCGAGGCCUCACCGCCCCGAGUCAAAAGUGUUGCGCCAAGGGUGCUGGAUGUGGUGAGCUACAAUGCCACCAUCAGCAGUUGCCAGUCCGGUCCGUGGCAAGUUUCAGUCUACCUCCUGCAGGAGAUGAUGUACCAGCGAGUUUGGCCCAACAUCAUCAGUUCCUGA